UUCUGGAAGACAGGCGGAACAUCAACAUUCACAGACAGAAUCAUGGUGUGAGGAUGUCGGGACAGAAGCGUAUGUGUGACUCCAACAUCUCCUCUUCAUCCUCCAGUGCGCCCCCCGAGAAACGGAGGGAGCGAGAGGGAGGAGAGGAUGGGGGUCCAGGGGUCAGCUCUGCUGCAGGAGGGAGCACUGCUGUGGAAACAGUCAUCAAACUCGGGGGGGUUUCAAAUUCGGAAGAACAGGAUGUCAAAGCUCUCCAGGUGAAGAAUAGGAAGUUGGGAGAAUCCCUCGAUCAGAGACAGGUGAUUGAGGAUGAGCUGAGAGAGAGAAUCGAGAGACUGGAGACUCGUCAAGCUACUGAUGACGCAAGCCUACUGAUCCUGAACAGAUACUGGAAUCAGUUUGACGACAAUGUGUGCCUGAUUGGAAGGCGCUACGAUGAGUCAGGGAGCGAGUCUGUGGAAACCCCGGCUGGAGAGGGGCGGAGCCUCAAGCCUGACACCCCAGAACCCGACGGCGACUCCAACCAGGAGAGAGCCAAAGACCGAGGCCACCAGGGGGAGACGACCACAUCUUUCCUGGCGACGCUGGCCAGCAGCAGCAGUGAGGAGAUGGAGGCAGAGCUGCAAGAGAGGGUGGAGUCCAGCCAGAAGCAGGCCAACCGCGUGGUGGAGAUCUACGACAGCCUGAAGACCACCGUGGAGCAGCUAAAGAAGGACCAGGACUCUGGAGCAGAGGGCUCCGUGUGGCAGGUCGCCGCCCAGCUCAACACCCUCCUGUCCAGUGAGAAUGACCGGCUGCGUCAGCUGACUGAGGACCUUCAGCAGAAGCACAGUCACAUGACUAGCGAGUCUCGUUCUCUGGGCAGGGCAGUGGCGAGGGCAGACACGCGGGUCAGUGAGCUGCAGGGCCUCAUCGAGGAGCUCCAGUGGGACAUGGAGAAGAUCCGACGCAGAGAGAACCGCCUCAACACACACCUGGGAGAAAUCCUGGAGAGGGUAAACAGUAAAGGCUACAAGGUGUGUGGGGAGGCCAGCAGUGUGUGUGGAACCAUUACCAUCAACAAGAGAAAGUUUGAGGAGAUGAACAGUGAGUUGGAGGAGAACAGGGAGCUGGCGGAGAACCGUCUGAGCGAGCUGCAGCGGCGGCAGCAGGACCUGCAGACGUUUAACCAGGAGAACAACAACAUGAAGGUGGAGUUGUUGAGUCGUGCUGAGGGGGUGGUGAGGGAGAGCUCAGAGUACCGCUGUCUCCAGUCCCAGUUCUCUGUCCUCUACAACGAGUCUGUGGGCCUUAAGUCUCAGCUGGACGAGACGCGCACACGCCUCAACACCACCAGGACGGCACGCCUCCGACAGCUAGAACACAUGGAGAAUGACGAGGUGUCACUCCAGAGGAAGGUGCGUACUGAGGUGUUCCAGCUAGAGGACACUCUGGCCCAGGUCAGGAAGGAGUAUGAGAUGCUCCGGAUCGAAUUUGAACAGACCCUCGCUGCCAACGAACAAGCAGGUCCUAUCAACAGGGAGAUGCGUCACCUGAUCAGCACCCUGCAGACACACAACCAGCAUAUGAAGGGAGAGGUUGUGAAAUACAAACUGACACUCAGAGAGGCACAGACUGACCUCAGCCAGGCUCGUACUACGAAGGGCAGUGCUAUCCUUCAAUCACAAUCCAGUACGGAGCUGGACCUGAAGGAAGAGACCACCUCCCCUCUGACGCCCGCUGCCUCUGCUGAUGUCACCAUCAAGAUGGAGUCUGACAAUGGUUCAGCCACGCCCACCAGCACUAGUACCUCAGUGAAGACAGAGCCUGGGACAGAAACAGAGGGAGAAAUCAAAGAGGAGGAGAAAGAAAAAGAGGUGAAGAAAGAGAAGGAAAAGGAACGAGAGAGAGAGAGAGAGAGGCCAACCCGUGGAGGGGGUGGGACCGAGGAGAAGGAGAAGGCUGGGACCAGCAACCAAUUGGAAGAGGUUGCUCCGGAGCGCACGUUUGUGAUUGGAGGACCGAAGAGGAAGGAGGUGGAGCAACUGAAAAUUGUCCGGGCGGAGCUAAAGAAAGCCCAGGAGUCUCAGAGGGAGAUGAAGCUACUGCUGGAUAUGUACCGCUCCGCGCCCAAAGAGCAGAGGGACAAAGUCCAGCUCAUGGCUGCUGAGAAGAAGGCCAAGUCAGAGGCAGAGGAGCUGAAGCAGCGUCUAAGGGAUCUGGAGGAGAGGGAGAGGAGGGAGGGGAAGAAGAUGGCUGAUGAGGAGGCACUCCGGAAGAUCUGCUCUGUCGAGGAACAAAUCAACAUCCUCAACAAGAAGCUCUCCCUGGCCAAGCAGGAGGAGGAUGCGUUGCUGAGUGAGAUGGACGUGACGGGCCAGGCCUUUGAGGACAUGCAGGAGCAGAACAUCCGGCUGAUGCAGCAGCUCAGGGAGAAGGACGACGCCAACUUCAAGCUGAUGUCGGAACGCAUCAAGUCCAACCAGAUCCACAAGCUGCUCAAGGAAGAGAAGGAGGAGCUCGCCGACCAGCUGCUCACACUCAAAACGCAGGUGGAUGCCCAGCUGCAGGUGGUGAGGAAGCUGGAGGAGAAGGAGCGCCUCCUCCAGGGCACGAUCGGUACUGCAGAGAGAGAGCUGGCUCUGAGGACACAAGCUCUGGACAUGAACAAACGCAAGACCCAGGAGUCUACGGUGCUGUCGGAGGAGGUGCGUAGUCAGCUGGACCAGGUGCAGCAGAGACUGGGCACCGUCAGGGAGGAGGUCAUUGAGAACAGCAUCUCCAAAGAGAAGCAGUCCUUCAAUGCACGCCGCGCACAGGAGGACAUCUCCAAACUGCGGAGGAAGAUCGAGAAGGCCAAGAAACCCGCAGAGACCGUCCGCAACGGCGAUGACAUCCUCAAUGAGGAAAUCAACGAUUACAAGGCUCGUCUGACCUGCCCGUGCUGUAACUCCCGGGUAAAGGACGCCGUCCUGACCAAGUGUUUCCACGUCUUCUGCUUCGAGUGCGUCAAGACACGCUACGACACGCGCCAGAGGAAGUGCCCCAAGUGCAACGCCGCCUUCGGCGCCAACGACUUCCACCGCAUCUACAUUGAAUAGAGAGGGAGGGGGGGGAGACCUAAAUGCAGGGAGCGUAGGGGGUAGGAUAGUAGUACCUGGAGGUCAGCAGUGUCCACACAGGCUUUCUCUCCAGCCGAACAAAACUGUCUUUUAUCACCCCCGCUACUAGCGUGUGAGAUGGAAUGAGACUGGACACGUGUGGAAAUCUGUGAAUAUCGGCUGGACAUGUAAUAAAUAUGGACACCUUGCGCUCUGAUUGGCUAGGUGGAAUUUCCGCCAUGUUGCUGGGGGCGGGGGGGAGCUGCUUAGGGUUGUUUCUGGACUGGUCCUACAUUAUAUUGUCUUAUAGAGAUCAUGAUCAUGGUUAUAUUUGCUGGCUGUGCUCUGCCUGGCUGGCUGGAAGGAAAGCCUUUAGGAGACACUGUGCCUGUGGUUCAGGGUUACAGUACAUAGGGCCUUGUGUGGGGGAAAAGUGAGGUUUGACUUGAAGGGUUUGACUUGAAGCUUUUCCAUAGUUGACUGUAGCUAUUGGUGUUUUAUAAAAAUUUUAAAAAACA